AUGAAAUUCUGUUCCAUUAUUGCGGUUGUGACUUUAUUGGCUUCUGCUGUAGUUGCAGAACCAUACUACGAAAAGCGUGACGCCGCACCAUACUAUGAGAAGCGAUAUUACGAACGUGACGCCGAACCUUACUACGAAAAGAGAGGAAACGAGAAGAGAUACUACGAGCGAGACGCCGAACCAUACUAUGAGCGAUACUACGAAAAGAGAGGAAACGAGAAGAGAUACUACGAGCGUGACGCCGAACCAUACUACGAGCGUGACGCCGAACCAUACUACGAGCGAGACGCCGAACCAGGAUAUGAGCGAGACGCUGAACCAGGAUAUGAGCGAGACGCCGAACCAGGAUAUGAGCGAGACGCCGAGCCAGGAUACGAGCGAGGAUACGAACGAGGAUACGAGCGCGACGCUAUGCCAGGAUACGAACGAGGAUACGAGCGCGACGCUAUGCCAGGAUACGAACGAGGAUACGAGCGCGACGCCAUGCCAGGAUACGAACGAGGAUACGAGCGCGACGCCAUGCCAGGAUACGAACGAGGAUACGAACGAGACGCCAUGCCAGGAUACGAACGAGGAUACGAACGAGGAUACGAGCGUGACGCCUUAGUAUACAAACGAGGAUACGAACGAGGAUACGAGCGUGACGCCAUGCCAGGAUAUGAGCGAGGAUACGAGCGUGACGCCAUGCCAGGAUACGAACGAGGAUACGAGCGCGACGCCAUGCCAGGAUACGAGCGAGGAUACGAGCGCGACGCCAUGCCAGGAUAUGAGCGAGGAUACGAGCGUGACGCCAUGCCAGGAUACGAAAAACGGGGAUACGAGAAGCGAUACUACGAGCGUGACGCUCAACGAUAUUAA